UGCCAAUAAUAUUUUAAAAUAUAUUAAUUAGAGGAUUUAGGUUUCCCCCUUAAAACAAUUUAUUAUUUAUGAGGCCAUUGGACGGAACUACUUUCAGAGGCUUGAAAGAAGCCGCCAUUACAGAUAUUCUGGAGUAUGAAAAGAAAUUCAGAAAUGGCUGUACAGUUUGUAACACAAUGGGGUAUUUGAAUAUAUGUGUGCUGGUUGUAUAGCGGAGUGAGGUGCAGUUAUUUUGUCUGCGUCGGUACUCACUAGCUCAGUGAAAGUGAUACAAAUUACCAUUUUAUUCUUAUGUGACUGAAUGUCGCCGUUUUUUUUCCUUCCAUCAUGGUGCGAAAAAAAACAACUUCAAGAUGGCAUGUGCCGUCAUGGAUUCGGAUUCUCCUGUUUUCUCGUCACGUUAUGUGAUUUCCAGUUGUUGUGAGGUUCAGAUCUGCUUGGAUAUGAUUCUAAAGCCAGCAGAUGCCGUCUGUGUUCGGUGUCCACUAGCCACUGACAUGGAUUACGUUUACAGUGAGGCUGACAGGCCAGACAGAAUCCAUACCAUGCCGCUUGGAUCGGUGUUUCGCCAGCUAUGUUUAUGAAAAUGUGUGAUAUCUGACAGCUUGCUGCAGAGUGAUUUGUGUAUUUCUAUUAUGUAGUGUAGACUUUAGAUAGAAAACAUUUUAACAUGUCAUUCGAACGAAUUUUGAAUAACUUGUCUUCCAGACCAGAAUUAUAGAUCCAAAAGUGUAGGGUUUCUAAAUAUGGUCAUAUUUUAUAGCAUAUUUUGAUGUCUGGUUCAUAUUUUUGAUUCACUUCAAAAUGAACAAGAGUAAGUUUGAACACGCUCUUAAUGGAUCUCUUGAUAUACCACAUCCUAAGACCAAUGAUGGCUCUGUGGAUACCAGUAAAAUUACUAAAUCACCUUCACACACAAAAAUAAAGAAACAUCCCAGUGAAAUGGGACAGAGAUUUGUUACGAAAGAACGAACUGCAAUUGGUAGCAAUAAGCAGUCUGAAUGUAUUACACAUGACAGGUCUGUAACCAGUAACAAAAUGCGGUUUCCUGGUGCAAGGGAGAAGCAGUGUGUAUCAGAUGAUGUUGCAAAUAAGGCCAAUAAAGUGUAUUCUAAUGCUAUGGCGAGAAAAGUAAGAAGUCGUUUUCAUGUUAGUCAGUGUGAUGAUCUCGAAAAACGUGAGCGGUCUGCUGUCGGUGGCUCUCGACUUGAAGACAAGGGAGAAACUGUUAAAGAUUCGGAUCUGGCAAAGCAAGUUCUGGUCAGUCAGGAUAGUAAAGCAAGGACUAACCAUUCAGGCAAAACUAAUGAUGAAUCAUUCCAGCCUUCAUCCAAUUCUUUAAGCAAGUCCAAAAACAAACCCAAAGUAAGUGCUCAAAGUACACCACCUUCGGACUGCAAAGUAGAUGGUCAACUUAUAAAUAAUGAUAUUUCAGCAGAACACAAAGUUGAAAACAAAGGAAAAUGUCUUGCACCUUCUGAUGAUGAGCAGGCUCAGCUUCGCAAAACUGUUAAAUCUGAUGCAGGUGGUGAAAUUGUGAAUCUUGGUGUAGUAUCAGAUGAUUCCGGGGCUGUAAUUCCACAUACAUGUAGCCUGUUGGAUGGCGAAUACUAUCGUGUUCUUACAGCAGAAUCUGGAGUAUCCCUUGGUCUAGAGAUCAACUUUAAGAAGGAUGGGAGUGAACUUGAUGCCAAAGGUGUAGAACGUGCAAAUGAAAAGGCCGUUUCAAAUUCACCAGAUGAAAGGUUUCUGAAGUUUGAUGUGGAAAUUGGUCGUGGGUCAUUCAAGACUGUUUUCAAAGGUCUGGAUACAGAAACUGGUGUUGCAGUUGCAUGGUGUGAACUUCAGGACAAGAAGUGGAAUAAAAGUGAGAGACAGCGUUUCAAAGAAGAAGCUGAAAUGUUGAAAGAACUGCAGCAUCCAAAUAUUGUGCGAUUUUAUGAUUACUGGGAGGAAGUGAAUCAACGGAAUAGAAAAGUUAUUAUACUGGUCACAGAGUUGAUGACUUCUGGAACAUUAAAAACAUACAUAAAACGCUUUAAGAAGAUCAAUAUGAAAGUGCUUAAAAACUGGUGUCGACAGAUCUUGAAGGGCUUACUCUUUCUGCACACAAGGACACCACCUGUUAUUCAUCGAGACUUGAAGUGUGAUAACAUAUUCAUCACUGGUACUACUGGAUCUGUGAAAAUCGGUGACUUGGGCUUGGCGACACUGAAAAACAAAUCAUUUGCCAAGAGUGUUAUAGGUACGCCCGAGUUCAUGGCACCAGAGAUGUACGAAGAGCACUACGACGAAGGAGUCGAUGUUUAUGCAUUUGGAAUGUGCAUGCUUGAGAUGGCCACUUCGGAAUACCCUUACAAAGAAUGUACUAAUGCUGCACAGAUCUAUAGAAAAGUCACAAGUGGUGUGCGACCAGAAGCCUAUGACAAAGUAGAAAAUCCUGAGAUCCGUGACAUUAUUGAUGGCUGUAUCAGAAAUGAGACCACUACCAGAUACACCGUGAAGCAGCUUUUGCAACAUGAUUUUUUCAUGGAGGAGAGCUUGAAGGUUGAACUGGUUAACAAAGAAGAUGAGCUGUCCGAUCAUUCAGUUAUUCAACUGAGACUUCGUGUGGUAGAUCCAAAAAAGAGAAAAGACAAGCAUAAAGAAAACGAAGCCAUACAGUUUGAUUUUGAUGUAGAGAAAGAUGUUGCUGAAGAAGUUGCUCAAGAAAUGGUUAAGUCCGGUUUCGUCCAGGAGGAAGAAUGCCGUAUAAUCACCAAACAGAUUCGAGACCGAGUAUCUCAGCUGAAGAAGACGAGAGAAAAAAUGCUACAGGAGGCAAACCAGCAGUCGGCCCAGUCGAGUCAGUGUGUCAGUGGAGAGCAGGGUCUCUCCCUCACGUCACAGGUUCAGCAGCCUGCCGGUCAGGUGCUUGCGAGUGCAGAGCACCAGCCCGUGCCAGACACACAGCUGCCACAACAGUCUCAACAACCUGCUGCUGGAGGGGCCCAUCUUCAACAGCAUCACCAAGUCGACGUUCAGCAGUCCUCAUCUUUAGAGGAUCAGGCUCGUGCUACAGACAAUGUAUGUGAACCCAGUGUCCAAAAUGUACAGUCUGACGGGGCAUCUAGUCAAAGUGUUGCUCAACAGAUACCUAGUGGUUUAGCCCAGUCGUCUGUGCAAGAUGUGGAUAUAACACAUGGCCAGCCAAAUAUUAUUACUGCAUCUGUUCCAGUAUCUGUUGGUACAGCUAUACCAGGACAGUAUACCAGUUUGAUCUCACAUGAUGUCUUAUCCCCACAGACAACUUUGUUCAGCCAGUCUUACCAUCCAACAGCAUAUUCUGCACCCGUAACCCCUGUUAAAAGUCGAUUGGCAUCUACGGCUGCAAAUCUAAGUCAGUUGGACAUUGGUGCAGCUCAGGUCCAACAGCAGGUCCUCUCUCAGAAUACUGGAUCAGCACCUGUGCAGGGAUCGGGACUACCUGCAGUGCAAUCGAGCCAUUCAUCGGGGUGCUUGCAGGAUGAUUUAGUACAAUCAAACAGAGAAAGUGAAAAUGAAACUGUUGGCAGUAAUAGUCAGGACAAGGUGAAGAGAAAAAGUCGUCCUAAGAGGCGUAAAACUCUGGAACGGUCACCACGUCUGACAAUAUUGGGAGUGGAGCAGAAGCCUGAUGAAGUCGAGGUGGACUGUAGACUGGAAAUGUCCAAUCGUAACACAGUGACUUUUAAAUUUGCUUUAGAAAACGACAAACCUGAAGAAAUUGCAGAGAACUUGGUUACUGCCGAGAUUCUCCAGGAGAGUCAGUCGUUUAUCAUUAUUGACCUGCUGAAGCAUGUGUUUUCGAUGGUGAAGAAAAGUCCAUUGGAUGCUGUUUCGAUCUGUGUCAGUAUAGCCAACACUCCGACAUCCAGUCCAAAUGCUCCCAGACGUUCAAAACCUGUGCCAGAAGGAAUCACUGUUAAGAAAUUGGAAUUUGAGCAUGUGGAUGUACAUCAGAAAUUUGAUGAAAGCAGAGAACGGGGAAGUGCAGAAUCCAUUGAUAAAGUGUGUGACCAUGAUAUAAUGCAGGACUCAACAGUGGUUUUUAGCAAAAGUAAAAAGUUUAUUGUGAGUCGUGUUUGUGAUGCGCACGUUUCAGAGACAAAAAUUUCCGAGGAUGAUGGCGAAGAUAAUGCUGUAAUAUCACCUGACAACUUCCCGCAGGAUGCCACUCAGGCGGCUUUGGGAACACAGGACACCAUCGGAGCCAGUGAUUCCGAGGGCAUGACUGCAAUAGACAAUGAACGGUCCUGGAAGAGCACAACUGUGCCUGCUAAUGUUCCCUUUGAUUUGAACGACCUGCAGGAAAAGUUGUCCAAACUUACUGCCACCCAAAAGCUGUCUGGGAGUCAGCCUGCAGGUUUAUCUCAGGCCAUCACCCCAGGAGAGGCUGGUCCUCAUAGUAUGGGGUUUCCAUUCACGGAUGGACAAAAUAUUGUGGGUCAGGAUAUUCUUGGCAAAGGUGCAAUUCAGCAUCAGAUUCAGCUUGCACAGAAAAAUAGUGGUGGGCUGUUACCAGGAUCGCAGAUUUAUGUUCAGCCAACCACGAGUCAAGAAGCCCAGCAAUCGAACCAACCAAACCAGCCAGCCCAAGGCAUGCCAAUGCUUCCACAGUUUAUGCCGGUUGGCGGGCAAGGACAACAGAUGAUGUAUCAGCAGAUGAUCCAGCAACAGCAAGGUCUUCAUUAUCAGAACCUCUACUACCCGUACUACUCGACUGAUCCUAUAUUGCAGAUGCAGCAGCAGAUGAUGCAGUACAUGUUACUACAGCAGCUACAGAAGUCACAACAGCACCCGUCGCCUGCAGCACAGUCACAGCAGCAGGUGAAUUCGAUGAAUCAGAUGUUCUAUCCUCCAGGCUGGGUGUAUCCUGGACAGAUGCCAGUGUUUCAAUCACAGCAGACCAAUCACCAGGCUGCUGCUCAAGUACCUGCUUCUGAAGCUUCCAUCAGUGUCAAGGUUUCACCACCACACUCUCCAACACAGCAUCGCAGAUUAUUAGAUGAUGGGACGAUCGAUCCAGGAUACCAGUCGCCGACUGUUUUGAAUCAGGAAAGUCAUGGUCGAAAAGGAAAUGACUUGGCAGAUCUAGAACAAGAGUUGAUAAAAAAGUUACAUGGAAAUAGGAAGGAUGUCACAACAUCUGUGGCUCCAGCGAACACUGUGAUUUCAGAUCCGUUGUUAAAUACUGGAGUGAUUCAUGCCGAAAGUGAGAUACCACUGGACUGUCAUUCUUCAGCUCCUGCUGUACUACUGGACCAAGACAAAACCCAGGACAUAAAUGAGGCAACUGAAACUAAUGAUGUUGCUAUGAAAAAGAUAUCGAGAUUUGUGGUUCAGUCUGUACCAAACGAUCCAUUGGUUCAAACUUCAGAAGUGUCUGAAAAAACUGAAGAAGACAUUCCUGACAAUAAGGUUCAAACUUCCGAAGCUCCUGAAGUUGAUAAUCAUGACACAAACAAUAUAGAAUCAAACAGUAAUGAUGUGGAACUCGCUACGGUUUCUGAAACGGAUAAGCCAGCUAAACGUGGUCGGUUUCGUGUUACAAGUGUUAGGGAAAAAGUCUCACCAAGUACAUCAUCCUCAGGAAGUGUGGCAGAAAGCAAGCCGGAGGAUGAACAACACACUAAUACUUUCAGUGACUCUUUUCCUCAGAUUACUAACACAAUGGAUGAGGGUGAUUAUACAGAAAGCAUGUUAAAAGCUAAUGGUAUUGAUAUAUCUAAAGACAAUCAUUUGAAACCUCAAGAGACGAAUAAAGGUACAUACACACUCAACGAAGACCCAGAAUACAAGGAACUAGUUAUGAGGCAUAAAUCUGAGAGUGAGAAGCUUCACAUGAAACAUCAACAAGAAAUUGAAGAAUUCCUUAAGAAAAAAGGCAUAACAGUGGCUCGAAUUUUGUCUGAUGUGGCACACGGUUCUGGUAUCGCCUCACCAAUGUUGAGUCCUCUAGCUGUUGCCUCCAUGCCGCCAUCCUUUGUAGCAAAUUAUGCUUCAAGGAAAAAAGUGACUGCUGAUGGGUCAGCUGUUACUGGGUCUAUCGAGGGGUUGCAGUCUGGUAAGCCCCAAAAGACAUUAACUGAUGACUUGUUUAAGUAUGUCGAGAACUUGACAAGACCAGCUGCUGUUGUUGCUGUCAAAGAGGAAACGUCAAAGAAAUCUCUGAACGAGCUUAAGUAUGAAAGGGAGUGUCCUCCAUGGGAUUCUCAAACGACUGAAGGUAAUGCUCAUGGGGAUGAAGUCCCCUCGAAACAUUCUGUAGCCAUGGACAAGUGUUCCAGUGUUGCCCAGAUAGAAAGUUCAGAGGUAAAAGCUUCUGAAUGGAUGGUUGGUGAAAAAUCAAGUGAUAGUAGCCGGAAAUCCAGUAUAGAUCUUUCAUCUUCACAAGUUUCCAUGUCGGACUUGCUGCGACAGCAGCAGAUGCUGCAGCCUUUGUUUCACAGUGGCUUUCCACCUUAUUUUCCUUUCCAGUAUCAAGGCUUUACUUUUCCAGGUGCCGGUGCACAACUGUUUCCCAUGCAGGGCACGUUUCCAACAGUAAUAAAUUCACAAUACACUGAUCGAAUGCCUGGACCAGGGGGAGUAGUUCCACAAACAUUUAUGGGCGUUCAGAAUUCAUUUAGUGCUCAGCAGCAGCACCAACCACAACUAGCAAGCCAAACGAAUGCCCAGGCGAAUGUGACAAUACAACAGCAGGCAACAGCACAACAGAUCCUUUCACAACAACAACAACAACAACAGCAACAGCAGCAGCAGCAGCAGCAGCAACAACAACAACAACAACAACAACAACAACAACACAACAACAUGAAGAAACCACCUAGGAGGAGGAGGAGGAGGAAGACGGACGCGCCAGGGGCGGACCGGGGGAGGUCAAAACCGGUAGCUCAACUACCGGCGGCGACUUUUCCCGUUGUACACCCCAAGCCCCAGUCAACACCAGUGAGGCCAGCUGUUCCAGCUCUGCAGGAUCCAGUUGACGACUCGCCAGUGGCGGACACGGUCUUUAACCAGGCCCUGAUGGAAUCGCCACCUACAACUCCGACAACUUCAACCCCCGGGAUUCCAGCGAUGCCACCCCCACCCAGGAAGAGUGGCGCUGUAGAGUCCCAGGCCCGUCUUGUGGUCGUUGGAAAACGAAAGGCGACUGUGUCACCAGGCGACCAACCAGCCAAGCCAAGUCCGCCGACACAACCGCCCCCACCUACUUCAUCUCCAGCGGAUGACCAGCCCUCUGAACAACCUUGGUCACUGCAGGCCGGCAAGUUACCAACACGCUACGCGAGGCUGGUGAAGACCAACAUUGGGGAUGUCCGUCAGCUCCUCUGUGAACCGAGCCCGGAGUCGUACGAACCUCUCCUCUGCCACAAACCGAAGGAGAGUUUUCGGUGCGCAGGAUCACGAUAA